UAACCACCAAAAUCUUCUUGCCCUUCAAUCCCGCCUUGUCAGAACCCUGAAUUCCAAUCUUCCGCCAUCGCAGCGAAAGCUGUAGCUCCCGCCUCCACCGCCUCAACGAAGGGAAAGAACGAUGGGAAGAACGACGGGCUGGGGGAAGGUCAUUGCUGGAGAAAGAAAUAAAAGGGAAGUUGAUAUAGAAGGGAAAAGAACGACGGGCUGGGGAAAAGUCAUAGGGAAGUUGAAAUUAAAAAAAAGGGGUCGUGGGAUUCGAAUCCCCAACCUCAUUAAACCAAAUUAUCAUUUUUUCCGCUGGAACCGGGGAGAAACCCGUGUGUCAGUUUCCUGGAAAACGACAUUUUCUUGUUUUCGGCCAGAUACUUCAUUCGUUGCUCAUCGUUUUUUCAAUUAAAAAUAGAAAACAAGUGAACACGUUUUUUCGUCUACGUUUUCAAAUAUUUGUUUUGGCAACAAUAAACAGAAAACGAAAUGGGAGCUGAACAAAGGUGAGCUCGUGUUCGGCUCGUUUAUGAACAAGUCAAGUUUCGAACGAGCUUUUCUCGAGUCGAACGCCGAGCCGCUCGCGAACAGCUCGACUCAUUUGCAGCCUUAGUCUAAAUGGUGUAUAGUUGAAGGUAGGAUGAUAAUUUUAGAAAUCACAAUAUAAAGUAGUUUAUUAAUAUGAAAUUCACACCAACUUCAAAUAUUAAAAAAAAAAUACUAUUACACUAAGAUACUCGCCUAUACCAAUUCAAAUUUCCAUUCCUUAUUCCAAUCGCCAUAGCCAAUUCCUUCUCCUUUAAGUUUUGCGUAAGGUGAUCGAAGGUGGGUUUGCUCUGAAAUAAAACAAAAAGGGAAGCCGCGUCCGUGAGUGUUCGCAUUACAUUACGCGCCAUUUUAUUUUACCGGAGAAUCUUUAUAUGACGGUUAAAUAACAGACACGCGCACGCCCGCUAGCUACACAACGACCAACGAAGCUUCUUCUUCCAUUUCCUUAUCGCCGUCUCCCGCCCGAUUAUCUACCCCAAACCGACACCGUUUUCGUCAUUCACCUUCACCACAUGGCAUAACAUAAAUAGCUCCUCCAUCUCUUCCCCCUUUCCACUUGCAAUCUGAUUUUGGGUUCACUUGCGAGUUUCCAUUAAAAGUAUCCAACUCCCGCUUUGAUACGAGGAUGUAAGUUCUGGUUUCUUUGAUUUCUUUUCCCUCCACUCGUAAAGUUCCUUCCUUUUAUGGGGGGUUUUUCAUGUGAUUUCUUCUUUCGAGCUUUCCCUAUUUCGUAUGCUGUUUCUUCUUGCUAAGAUCUAAAUUCGCUUUGAACCAUAGGAUGAUCCAUAUUCUGUGUUGGGUAAUUGUUCUUACUACAUGUAUCGGUAAUGGGUACCAAUUUUUUUGUUGUGUUCCUGCGAUUCCUGCGGCUGUGAAUUUGAUUGGGUUUCGUUUGUCUUUAAUGUCAGAACUGGUGAUCUUAGAACUGAGAGACAACGAUGGUGAAGGAGACAGCUUAUUAUGACAUUUUGGGUGUCAAUGUGGACGCCUCAGCAGCUGAUAUCAAGAAGGCUUACUACGUCAAGGCAAGAACCGUUCAUCCGGAUAAAAAUCCCGGUGAUCCAAAGGCUGCUGAAAACUUUCAGAAACUUGGAGAAGCGUAUCAGGUGUUAAGUGAUCCGGAGAAGCGUGAAGCUUAUGACAAACAUGGAAAGGAUGGCGUCCAACAGGACGCCAUGUUGGACCCUGCAGCUGUAUUUGGAAUGCUCUUUGGCAGCGAGUACUUUGAAGAAUACAUUGGGCAGCUUGCUCUGGCAUCAAUAUCGAGUAUUGAAAUUGAAGACAGCAAUUUGGAUCCUGAAACUCAAAAGCAAAAAUUUCAGGAAAAGAUAAAGGCAAUGCAAAAGGAAAGGGAAGAAAAGUUAAUAACUAAUCUCAAGAAUAACCUGGAACCAUUUGUUGAAGGACGGGUGGAUGAAUUUGUAAAGUGGGCCAAUUCUGAGGCAGUACGGCUCUCUGGUGCUGCAUUUGGUGAAGCUAUGCUGCAUACUAUCGGCUAUAUAUACACGCGUAAAGCAGCCAGGGAGAUUGGGAAAGACAAUCGGUACAUGAGAGUACCUUUUUUAGCUGAGUGGGUACGAGAUAAAGGACACCAGAUAAAGUCGCAAGUAAUGGCAGCUUCAGGUGCUGUCUCUUUAAUCCAGAUACAGGAGGAACUGAAGAAACUGAACCAAGCAGAGAACAAAGAAGAGAACUUGAUGAAAGCCGUUGAAGACAGGAAGGAUGCUAUGCUGCAAUCUCUUUGGCAGAUCAAUGUGGUUGAUAUCGAGACUACUUUAUCUCGCGUUUGCCAAGCUGUGCUUAAAGACCCUACUGUUUCCAAGGAUGUUCUUCGACUGCGAGCCAAAGCAUUGAAGAAACUAGGAACAGUCUUCCAAGGUGCCAAGGGUCCUUACUGCAGGGAAAACAGCUUGCGCCACGAGAGCCUGGCCAAUCCAGCUGCUGCGGCCACAUCUCAGUCUGUUUGAUCUCAAACCGGAUACCUUAUAAGAUUUCACAAUAUCAAGAGUGCGCAUAGAUGAUCCGUUUUUAUAACCUGUGUAGCAUACAGAUAUGCAUGAGUUCACAUAUAUGUAUGGUAUGCUCCAGUUGGUUGAUUAUCCAUACUCUUGGCUGAGUUUUUCCCUUAUUAUGAUGCAAUGUAAGAGACCCGAAGAAAGUUGUAUGCUUUGGUUGUGAAUGCCCAUUUAGGAAAGAGCCCUGUUGUGAAUACAUAUCGGAUUUUCUUGCUUGAUUAUUGAAGAUCGAAAGGGCUAUUCUUUGAGAUAAUGCUAAAGUAAUUUGGUUUCAAGUUGGUGGAAGCAAUAAGCAUGCAUCUGGGACAAUAUGCUCCUACCUUCUUUUCUCUAAUUUGCUUUGCUUUUCCCCUACUGUGAGUGACAUUAAAACUAUACGAUGGGGCCAAGCAUGCUUUGCCACUAAGCUCAGAUCAUAUCUUCAAUUUUUAACUAUUCAGCUAGUGCUAUUGGUAAUCACUUUAAGUGCUUGCUUCGAUAAGAAUUUAUGCAUGUAUCACCAAGAAGUGGGUUCUGAUUAGCUAUGAUUUUCUUUCUAGCAGCAUUUGUUCAUUUGCAUGAAUGCAGUGUUCUGUUUGCAACUUAGCAGGAUCAAGGAUCAGAAUUAAAUUCGACUCAUAAGAACCGUGAUUUUAUCAUAUAUAGGGAAGAUGUUGGUUCCGACAACGAUAUGUGCUUUCAUUUGACUUGCUUGGCACGGUAAUAUGCCACCAUCGAUAAUCUCAAGCUAGCUAGGAGGCAUUCAGAUCCUUAAUACGCGUUUCGUGAACCGUGUCGACUGUUGAAUAUCAAUCGAAUACUCAAGCUUUGCAGCUUCACCCAAAGCCUUGGACCUUUGUAUAGGUCUCCUUUUCCAGUCUUGGCAUAGCAGAAGUUGAAAGAAUGUGCACUAUUUGUCUACAUAUGUGAAAACAUAAGAUAGGAAUUUCAGGAACUAGCCAAGGCCAUAAUCCUGAAAACCAGGCAAGGGUAGGUUUCCUAGUUACAGCUUUACUGAACCAUCAUUGCCCACUUUGAACAAACUAGUGCUACUAAUUGAUCAUUAUGCAAACCAAGAGCCAAGAGACAUCAUAAUUAUUUCUCUUUCUUGCUUGCAUAUAGAAAGAAAGAACAUGACCCAAGCUAUAAAGUGAUGGAGCUUGCCAAUACAUUUCCAACCUUUGGGCAAAUCAUUCCAUAAUUUAAUUCAGCAUUAGAGAACAAGUGUUGCUCUGAGAAAGGAAAUUUGAGAAGAUAAUUGGUCUAUAAUUGGACAGCAGAAAAAAGAAGGGAAGGGUCCUAGCUUAGCUUAAAAUUAGGAGACCCUGUCCUAAUAAAGGACUCAGGAAAGGGCUGCCAAAGCAAAGAUAAGAUUGCUAAUACUGUGCUAUAUUAUUAAUUUUCUUUCUUCUCUUGCUUUAUCAAUUAAGAAUUGAUUAUUGAAUAUUUUCAAUCCCCACAAUUGGUUUCUUCUCUUUAUUCUCCACCAGUGUCCUAUCAGUUGUAUUUGGUAGGUUGUCUUUGUCUUAUUGGAUUAAAGGAAACCACUAACAGAAGUUUAUCCCACAAACAAUUUAAGUAUUUUUAAUUAGGAGCCUAAUCCAACCUAAUGUUUCCUUUCAACAAGGACAAACCAAAACCCUAGUUGAUCACUCAGUAUCCUUCCUCUUUAUCCCAUUUUACUCUCCAUAACAAGCUUGGCAUUUUCUUCAAUAGUGUCACUCUUUCCAUAGAUGAUAGAACUUAAUACUUUUCCAACACUCUAGAAACGUAUUUACAAAUUUGAUCAACUCAUUAUCUAGCUCCCAGGGUUAGAUGGUAUGUGUGUAUACUUAGAACAUGUGAAGUGAGAUACCCACAUCGGCACUCCAUCACAUCGAGAGCCUAUGACAUGAAUGCAGAGAGAUGCCAAACUAGCCCCGAUCAAAGUAUGACCUGAUUAAGAAAUAGGGUCGACAUAC